AAGUUUCAAAUGCUGCGUUUAUGCGUGAAGUUAAAUUGGCAAGUUUGCCGGUUGAAUGUGAUAAACCAAAUUUAAUUCACAUAAAUGAACUGAGUAUACACGGAUACACCUUGACGAAUUUUCAGGUGGAACUGAACUAAUAGGAAGUGGAAGUAAAACAUCAUCUACCAUGCGAAUGCAAAUGGUAUUGUGCACCAUCAGCGCAUACUAAUUAAGCUAAUUUCAUACAAUCCUUAUCCGUAUUCAUCAAUUAGGGAUAGAUAUAUAAAAACGAUCGGAUUCAGCAGUAGUUAGUUGUUCACUCGGGCAAAAAGUAGUUUGAGUUUAGGCCGAAACACUUAUUGGCUUGACUAGAAAUUGCUUUUUCGAAAUUUUCUAAGAUGCAAAUCACGUUUUUCGUUUUCGUUACUUUAACUACCGUGUGCUACGCCACUAAAGUUCUACAAUGCCCUGGCGGUAACAUUGCAAAUCUACAGAACAAUGUCCAAAUUGGAGAAUGUGAUAGUCCUCCUUGUAAGCUUAAGAAAAACUCCCACGUGCCGCUCACAGUAAAGUUUGUAGCAGAAGACGAAUACAAGGACUUAAAAUUGGUGGUAACUGCUGAUGUAGCUGGGGUGGUUCUUCCUUUCGUGGGAGUAGAUGGUAGCAGCCCGUGUGAAUACAUCUUCGAAGAAGACGAAACGACAAAAGUCAAUAAUUGUCGCAUUGAGAAAGGGAAAACGUACGUGUAUAAGAACCCGAUUGAAAUUUUGCAGAUUUAUCCAAGGAUAAAAACUAUUGUCCACUGGUCAAUCAUAGACGCUUCUUCGACCAAUCGAAAAAUAGUAACUUGCUUUGAGGUGCCAGCCGCUAUAACUAAUUGAUGGAAUUUUUGUGAAUGUCGAUUUAGAAGGAGGAGUUUUGUGUCUUAGGUAUUACGAAAUAUUAACUGUGAUCGUUUUUAAUAAACUAUUUUGCUGUAAA